AUGCCGUCCCAGAGAGCUCUAGUCAUUCCCGCCGAGAGAGCUCCAUUCAAGCUCGUCAACGACUGGCCCAUCCCCAAGCCCGGUCCCAAGGACGUGCUAGUCAAGCUUGCGUCCAUCGCGCUCAACCCCGCCGACUGGCGCAUUCAAUCCGGAGGUAUCGUCGAGGAAGUGGGAUCGGAGGUGACGAACCUCGCUAAGGGUGACAAGGUGUUGUUCGAGGGCGCGUUCGAUAACACGCGUGCGACCUUCCAGGAGUACACCCUCAACUGA